GUAAGGUUACCCCGUUUGUUGUUGAUGUGUCAUGUGGAUCGAAAACCGUAAAUAUUUUACUAGUAAAUUUUAUAACUUUCCGAUAGUGAUGGCAACAAGUGAGGCUUAACAAGGCAAAUACAUUUUAAGUUAACGUCCUCCGGGUUUAAGUCAUAUAUUUUGUUAAAAAUGGGCGAUAGUUACUCGCCGUCCAACGAAAUACCGUUAAAAUCUCGAUCGAGUGCGUACUUUCGAACCAUUUUCAAUAAAUACGAUCGUGAUAGAGACGGUUUCAUCACGAUCGAUGAGUUAAACGACAUGAUAGAGAGUCGGGAGUAUGAACAGGACAUACCGGCGCAUUGCGUAAGGAAAAUACACGAACUUCACGACAUCGACGGCGACAGAAAACUCGAUUUUGACGAGUUUAUGAACAUGAUAAACAAUCCAGAACUGAGUCACAUUUUCGGGCACUACAUCACACGUUACAUAAAUUGGGUAGUGCCGCGCAGGGCCCAUCCUCCGUCCCGCAGCGCUACCGACGGAGAAUACGAGGAACAGUACUCUUGUUACCCACCAGCGGUGGGUAUGAUUAUAAUCUCACUCGUCGAGAUUAUAUUUUUCUGCGUGGACGAGGCUACCGAGAAAGAUUCCACCAAAUAUGCGACUGGUCCCACAGCUACACUGUUUAUUUAUGAGCCCUAUCAGAGGCGGGAAGUUUGGAGAUUCAUUACUUAUAUGUUUGUUCAUAUAGGGGUUUUUCACCUGGUGAUAAAUUUGAUGGUGCAAAUAUUACUCGGCAUUCCGCUGGAGAUGGUGCACCGCUGGUGGCGCGUGCUCGUGGUAUACUUCGCGGGUGUGCUGGCUGGUUCGCUGGCGACGUCCAUCGCCGAUCCUGCUGUAAAGUUGGCGGGCGCCAGCGGCGGCGUUUAUUCGUUGGUAACCGCCCAUGUUGCCUCUAUCAUAAUGAAUUGGCGUGAAAUGUCGUUCCCGCUCGGCCAGCUGUUGGUAUUCGUGGUGGUCGCCGCUUCUGACGUUGGCACCGCCAUUUACAAUAGAUAUGUUCUCGACCUUGAGCAGCAUAUAGGUUAUGUCGCCCAUUUCGCAGGCGCCGUGGCCGGUCUGCUGGUGGGCAUCAAUGUCCUGCGCAACCUGUCGGUUACGAAAACCGAACGAGUCAUAUGGUGGGCCUCGAUGGUAUUGUACACGUGCCUAAUGACCACGUGCAUCAUUUGGAAUCUGGCUUGGCCCGGUUAUUUUCCGUCCGGGCCCCAGCACAAGCAGCGUUCCCGCUUCGCAAUGAAUUCGUCCGCGAACAGUGGCAGUUAGGGACGUCUUGUUUAGGUUAUGUUUACGUGUGACGGAUGAAUCUCGGUAGGCUAGUGCGUUUUUUUUUUUACAUUGGUUUACUGUUAUUUUUUGUUUCUUUUUUUGGUGCAGUAUUACGGCGAGUACUUGAGGUUGGUGAUUUUUAUUUAUGUAUUCUAGGUUUAA